AUGUUAGCCAAAAGAGUUAAAUAUCACGAUUCGUUGGAGUUACAUUACUACGAGAAAAUUACUAUAUUAAAUCGGUGUGAUAUCUACGGCAAACGUGCGGUAGACUGUCUUGUAUAUGGUAUUGAAGAAAGCAGUUUGAGAUUAGGAGCUAAAGCAACAAAGUGUGACGAACCAGAACAACCUCCCACAGAUAGCGCCCGAAGGUGGGGGUUUGAAACGCAUUUCCGUGCCCUCACCUCCAGGUUGGUGACCUCCUUCUGCGAAGCUGUCUUGCUGCAGAAGGAGGAGGUGGAGCGGGUCCGCGAGGCAGAUGCUAACUCGGACCAGAUGCGUCGCCGUCGCCUCGGGGCGAGAAGGAGGAGGGAGGGACCCGCCCUCCGCCCUAGGAGCGGGUCACUGUCGCCGGGGCUACGAUCUAGAAUACGAAAGCGACCCCUCAUAGCUCCACUUAUGGCGGCUGAAGGUAACCGGCACGUCUUGCCCAAGUCCAAUGCAAGGCAGUUUGGCUUUACACCGCAGCGGAGCACGGAGGAUACGCUGUAUGAUCUGAUGCAGCACGUUAAGGGUGUUCUUUCCAGGAAAGAGACCGCCCUCAUGGUCUCUCUCGACAUUGAGGGAACGUUCGACAACGCGUGGUGGCCGGCCAUAAAGUGUAAAAUGAUAGAGAAAGAUAUCCCCGUAAACCUAAGGCGUCUUGUCGAGGAUUACUUCCGGGACCGAAGUGUCGCUGUGCACUACGCGGGAAGGACUGUGCGGAAGGCGCAGACCAAAGGCUGUGUGCAAGGCUCUAUAGGUGGACCUCUGUUUUGGAACAUGCUGCUGGACCCCCUCCUGGACAGCCUGGAUGGGCUGGGCGCGUACGUGCAGACGUUCGCGGACGAUAUCGUGUUGGUGUUCUCCGGGCAUACUGCACUCGAGAUCAAACGGGAUGCCAAUGCCGCCCUGGCUGUUGCGCGGGACUGGGGUGUCGUAAAUAAGCUGUGCUUUUCCGCCGAAAAGACUCAGGCGAUGGUAGUUACGCGCAAGCUUAAGUACGACACUCCGGUUGUGCAGCUGGGCGGGGUUGACAUUUCGAUGGUGAACGAGCUCAAGAUCCUCGGGGUCAUCGUCGACAGUAAACUAACCUUCAACAGUCACGUUGCCUACGCUUGUCGUAAGGCAACGGACUUGUAUAGGAAACUGUCGACGAUGACUCGGGUGGAAUGGGGCUUGUGCUCGGAGAUCAUCAGGACGAUAUAUUUCGCGGUCGUCGAACCGACGAUCCUGUACGGCGCGAGCUCCUGGGCGAAGGCCGCCGAAAAGAUCUCUGUGCAAAGGACCUUUGCUACCGUCCAGAGGGGCUUUGCACAGAAGAUUGCUAGGUCACAUCGUACGGUGUCACUCAACGCAGCACUCACGCUGGCCGGGCUCCUCCCGCUUGACCUUCGGGUCUGGGAGGCGGCCCGAUUGUUCGAGAGCAAACGGGGACGCCCGAUCGACGAGCUGGACUCCCGUGAACUGGAGGAGCGUGUGGCCUUUACCGGGGCUCCUCACCCUGCCAGUGAGCCGGACGUAGAUUACGUAUGUCUGGAAGGUAUGCUCCCUGAACAUGUAGCCCAGCUACAACUUCCCGAGCAUCUGAUUUACACUGACGGUAGUAAGUCUGACGACGGGGUCGGGGCAGCGUACACUUAUUGGCGGGAUGGGGUCGAGGUCCGGACGAGACGGUUGAGGCUGGAGCCGAUGUGCACCGUCUUUCAGGCGGAGUUGCUCGCGAUAGCCAGGGCUACGGACCUGGUUGUCGAGAGGAACUUCGUCAGCGCGGCGGUGCUAAGCGACUCCCGUUCUUCGCUGGACUUGAUCCGGAACCCGGACACGCGCCAUCCCCUCGCUACCCAUAUUCGGAAGAAUAUUAGGGAGUUGCAGGGGAGGGGUAAAACCCUCCGGUUCUUUUGGGUGAAGGCUCACGUCGGGAUACCCGGCAACGAGCGCGCCGACGAAUUGGCCAGGCUGGCGACUAAGUUUAGGGUCGCCCCGGCCUAUGACAGGUGUCCUAUCUCACAUGUCAAACGACGACUGAGAGAGGGCGCGGUCCGGCGCUGGAACAGCAGGUACACCGAAGGAGCCACAGCGGAGGUCACCCGCAUGUUCUUCCCUGAUGCAUGGUGCGCUUAUCGGACCAUGAAGUGCCUCGACGUGGACGUCUGGGUGGGCGCAAAGGUCGCAGAAGCGGUGCAGCACCUCCUGUUCGAGUGUCCGAGGCAUGACCGCGACAGAUGUGACCUGGAAUUAAGUACUGGAAAAAGACUAAAUGAAACAACAAUAGCUAACAUAAUAGCUGAUAAACACUCCAGGCCGCAUCUGGACCGGUUCUGCCUUAAAGUAGUAAAAGCAGCAAACGAGAGAAAAAAAACUAGAUAG